AUGACCAUGGCACCCCUUCAUCAACCCACCUUCCCCAAUCCUUAUGUGGUUGACUCUGGCCAAUACGAUGCCAACGCACAUCAUGACUAUCCUCAUCAACACAGCCAAGCUGCUUACGUUGAUACUUUGUACACCCAUUCACGUCCCGACUCCACCAUGGCUAACCCAUGCAUGGGCUCAGCUACGUCCGAAGGAACAAGGCAGUUUAAAGGCCAUUCAGAUUGGACAGAAUUGCAGUCCUUGCCUGUCUUCAAAGGGGAUGAAAUUUGUCAAUUUUCCACGCACCUACAGCCUGUCCAUGCAGUGCAACACAUUCCCCCAUCACCACUGUCGACUAUCUCCUCUUACGAAUCGCCAGAGUCCUUGAUUAUCGCCAGUCCAACAAUGACUGUUCAAAUAGUUGACCAGCUUUCACCGGAGUCUAGUGAGGAUGAUAGAGAAGAUCGACCUGGACCAACUCCGUAUUCUCAUUUGAUUUUCCGGGCUCUCAAGGAGGCCAAAGACAACAAGCUCCCUCUUCAGGACAUCUACAAUUGGUUCGAGAAGAAUACGGACAAGGCCAAAAGCUCGGGUUCAAAAGGAUGGCAAAACAGUAUCCGGCAUAAUUUGUCUAUGAAUGCAGGAUUUGAAGCCGUCAAGGAAGAAUCGGGCCCGGGCAAAAAGUCAGUGAACUUUUGGCGCCUGACACCUGAGGCGAUUCACCGUAACCACGUCCAAUCGACCACUCGAUACCGCAAGUCAGUGAGUGCGACACGAAAGUCACUAGGUGCAAAUGCUCGUGCCGCUCAGCGCCAGCGCACAGAGGCCAAGGGUGGGAAUCCCUCAAAGGCAUUGAAGACACGGCAUCUCAAUACCAGUCAUGACGAGCCAAAUGAAAUCUAUCACCACCAUCCAAUGGCCCUGCAAUCUUACCCCAUGGACGGUCAUUACCCUCACCCGGACCCUCAAAUGAUGCCACCCUACAUUUCACCUGUCCUCGCCCCGCCAAUCGACAAUGCUCUACAGAGAUACGGUAUGGACUCCGUGAUCGGCUGUACAAACCUGCCCCCAGUCAACAAUGGGUCGUUCUAUGAUUCCAUGGGAACAACACCCGGGAAUGGGACAUUUGCACCGACACAUGCAACACAUGCGGGCUGGUAUGCAUCACAGUCGGAUCAUAAUAUGGCGAUGAUGACAGGAUCCGAUGGUCCGGCCGAUCUCCACCAUGGUGUGUAG